AUGCUCCUGAUCCUGCUGAACGUGCUGCUGCUGCAGCAUAGCCGGCGCCUGCAGGCGCGCUUUCUGCUGCCGCGCUUCCUGCAGUGCCUGCAGCAGCGCCAACUUGGGAGCCACACUUUGCCUUCCGCUUACAACUCAAGCCGCUGCCGCCAGGACCGACUUCCUUUGCUCAAGAAGAUCAUCCUCUUCUCCAUCAACUUCAUCGCGAUUGCGGUUCCUGCAGGACUCGAGAAAUGUUUUUCACAGCCAGGCCCAGAAACAGGGGGUAACGUCAACAGCUCCAUGAAAACAAUCCCGUCUUUAUGCACCCCUAAAGCCAUUGUUGAUACGGUCAACUGAAAAUUAUUCAUAACUAUCCCGUUGGCACGAUGAAACAGACGUCGAUAGCCAAGAGGUUCCUAACCCAACCGAGCCCUGUUCCCAAGCCGCCAUCAAAUGCUCAAGAAGUCGAUGUGACAUGUUCACACAUACGAACCCUAAGGCGCGACCAUCCACUAUAAACGUACGGACCUAUCCAAAAGAAGGCCACGCCCACAAGUACCUGCGCUUUAGGAUAGCCCUGUCAGCUGCCUGAGACGAGGUCUCUGAUGCAUCGCCACUAUGCUGUGAAGCUGACUCCGACAUCUAAUACUGGACAGGACGGGUGCUUAUGAAUGGCCCACAGGUACCGGACUCCCCGAAUGCGAACAUGAACGCAAUCCAGCAAUUUGCUGAUACAAUGGCAUCAAAAUGUACAUGCAGAUGCGACGUUAGAGUUCAGGAGAUGACGACCACACUUUCUUUG